AGUGCUCCGUCAUCACUUCCGGUGACGCUAAGAUGGCGGCGGGGAGCGGCGGUCCGGCGGCGCGGGAGCUGUUCGCUGAGGGGCUGCUGCAGUUCCUGCGGCCCGCCGUGCGGCAGCUGGACGGGCACGUGCAUGCGGUCAGGGAGAGCCAAGUGGAGCUGCGGGAGCACAUCGACAGCCUGGCGACAGAGCUGUGCCGAAUCAAUGAGGAUCAGAAAGUGGCUCUGGAUCUCGAUCCCUAUGUGAAGAAGCUGCUGAACGCCCGGCGCAGGGUGGUGCUGGUGAACAACAUCCUGCAAAACGCCCAGGAGAGGCUGCGGCGGCUGAACCACAGCGUGGCCAAGGAGACGAUGCGCAGGAGGGCGAUGCUGGAGGCAGCAGGCGGAUACCCCCAGGGUCUGCCCAGCAAGUGAGCCCCACUGCAGCACCCAGCAGGACCCACAGCCGCCCCUGGGAGCUGGAAUGGAGCAGAAGCUCUGAGCGGGGAGGUGCCUUACAAAGCUGGGAGCCCCGUGUUGGCAGCACAGGAGGGGAGCCUUGCAGCCUGCGGUGCUUCAGCUGCAGCAGAAGGAACUGGGGGACUCUGUUGUGUUUUUAGGCUUGUAGGCACUGUAAUAAAAGGGACUGCGUGUUGCUUACGGAA